CGGCCCGCGCGCAGCGCACUCCGCCGUCUGGUCUCGUCGCCGCCGCCCCUGCGGUCCGAGCCUCUAGACGCAUGUCUGCAGCCCGACCCCUGCCUGCCGACCUCCUCCUGGAGCCGCACCUUUUCGAGCAGCUCGUGGAGAUUCUGUCCACCAUGGAGGUUCCCGGCAUGACAGAGCCCACGGAGGGCCUCGCGCCCGCAGAGGACUUGGAUCUCCUGGGGUGCCUUAUGGAGGACAGGGACCAGGUGGCCCUGCGGCUGGCCUGCAUUGGGGAUGAGAUGGACCUGCGUCUCAGGAGCCCUCGCCUGGCCCAGCUGCCUGGGAUGGCCAUGCACAGCCUGGGUCUGGCUGUCACCUACAACCAGACAGGUGUCAGGGGUGUUUUCAGAAGCCUUGCCAACAGUCUGGGCAGCCUCAGGCAGAUCAGAACCUGGGUGACCCCUGGCCAAGUGUGCCGGCAGGCUCUGCCCGCGAUGCUGCUGCUGCUGCUGCUGGUGCUGAGCGGGGUGCUGCACCUGCUGCUCAAGUGAGGCCGCUGCCUCGGGCCCGCCCCGCCUCGCCCGGCAGGCUGGCCCCGCCCCGCCCCACCCCGCCCCGGAGGCUGCUGGCCCCCCCUUGCUGGUCUUUUUAAUGCUGUUUUGUUUUCGUGUUCGGACGAGAUCCCUUUUUUAUAUUUAAACUCUGAGAUAGUGCUGGGACACUUCUGAGGUUUCAUACUUAGUUUUUGUCAGACAAAUGAAUUCAUACCUCUGGGCUGGUUACUGGUUAACUGCCGCUCCCAGGCCCUCCCCGUGGGCUGUGGGCUGCGGGCGGCGGGGGGAGUGCUGGCCACACCCCUGUGCCUGUGGUGCCCGCGGCAAAGGAUCUGCUGGGAUAGAUUCCAGGGUCGGGAGUCAAUAAAAUGUUGGUUUCCAGCUGUCUCUGCCCCUCUCUAGGGGGUGGGUGCAUGUGCCCGGGGAGGGGGGAGAUGGAGUCAUGAGCUGCAGCCGCCUCCCUGCCCCGACGACCCCAGAGGCUAUCUUGGCGCCUGGCAGCAUGGGUUGCCAAGUUUACCUUCUCUGUCCCACCUGGAACCUGAAAUCCAGCCGGGACUUUUCCCCUUCAGAUUUGAGCCUGUUCCCCCACCACACACACACACAGCCACUCCUUGCUGGAAGGGAUACAGCCAGGGCUCUGCUCCUAGAGGGGUGUGGACAACAACAGGUAGGGACCACUGUGGGACUCAGGGUCUGCCCAGGCCUUGGCCUAGUCCACCUCCCAGGACGUGGGCUGUCUGCUCACCACCCCACACACCCCUUUGGCUCAAAGCCCAGGCUGGGUGGGACCCAGGUCUCAGACCUCCCUCCCUCUGGCAUCCUUAGUCUCCUCCUCCCUACCCCACCCCCCCUUGGCCCUCCCCGCACCAGAGUGGACCUCCAAGUAGGGCCCUUCCAUAGCCCCAGGGCACCACAUCAUGCCUCCUUCCUGCUUACCCUCAGGUCACAGGCCUGGCCUUCACAGCCUGGGACCAUCUCAGGACAUCAGGGAUGAGCCCCAGGCCUCCAACUCCAGGACAGGAUGCUCCCUACUCCAGAGUUUCCCGGUACUUGCCAAGAAUACGCAUUAGGAUGUGACCUCAAGUUCCCCCACUGUGGGCGUGGCCGCUCAAGGUCCUGAGGGUGCACUGCAGAAUCAGCAUGGUUAGGGACCAUAGCAAGGCUAAACCCAGGGUUGCUGUUUCCAGGAAGCCCUCCAGAGCCACUCAGGCCCUGGCCCGCUUCCUCCUGGGCUGUAUGGACAGGCUACCUGCGGACAGGACACCUGCUGUGGACUUGCCAGGUCCCUGGGCCUUUCUUCUCAACAAACCUGGGCUCCUUCCAUCAGGAGGGACAGAUUCCCAGACACAACUGCUGCUGAGACACUCCCCCCAGGGACACCAUCUGUGAUCAUCCUGCCCGGGCUGGGUUUCAGAGCUCUUCCUGCCCACUGCUACUGGGCAGCCUCCCUGUGCUGGGGCUCACCCAUUGGCUCCAGCUUUAGUGCUCACAUUCCUGUCAGGGAAGAGUGCACGUGGUCUUGCUGCCCAAGGGUGCAUGCACUAGCCAGAGAGAUGAAGCAACCCCAAUGGGGAGUGCUCACGCCCCAGGCUCCUCCACUCCGGUGUUCUGUCAGGGUCUGGGACACGUUCUCAGUGAGUUUCAAGCCACCAGGCUGGGAC